AUGUGUGCCAACUUGGCACACCCGACGAACAAUAAUGAGAUUUAUACUCCCAACCAUAACGCACUGUCCGGCCAAACAGUCUCUUCAAUGUAUAAACUUAAAGAUAUUGAUAAUAAUGACGGUGGUUUCUUUGUUCUUGGCGAUCUCUCCGUCAAAGUGGAAGGGCAAUUCCGACUCAAACUCACACUAUUCGAAAUCACAUUGACGGGUGCCGUGAGUCUUAAAUCCAUCUUUACAGAUGCGUUUACUGUUUACUCUGCCAAGCAUUUCCCUGGUGUACUCGAUUCUACGUUUUUAUCACGCUCGUUCUCUGACCAGGGCGCACGGAUUCGUAUUCGUAAAGAACAUCGCAAUCAAAUGUAA